AUGCAUCGUCGCUUCUUGUCCAGAGAGUUCUGGCGGGAGAAAAAGCAAAGUUUGAGCUCGCAGAGGAACAGUCCAGGUGAUACUAGCCAACAUCGCACCAUUGAAGAAGAGCACAAUCAAGGGCAAAAUAAUCAAGAUAAUGAAGAGCAAAACAGCCAGGAUGAAAGUAAAGACAACUUUGCGAAAAAGGCCAUACCCAUUCGAUCUGAUCAUAAAAUCCAGGACGCAACAAAAAUAGCAGCGCGCGAACUCUGGAAAACGGCCUUUAAAAAUAUUGAGCAGCAACACUCCGAACUAAUGAAAAAGUUUAAAGAACUCAUGAUAACAGAGCUAAACACAAUGGGCUAUUCAAAAUCGACAGACUUAGACGUACAAAACGACUGGGAUGUUAUGGAAAUAUUUAUAUCCCGACAAGCUGCUAGCGUACUAAAUCCAAAGAAAGAAAAGCUUUAUAACGGAUUGGACGAAGCGGUCAGAAUUCUCAAAGGGAUUAUUGAGAUGAUAAAUGAACCUAUCAAGCUUAUACCCCAAGCUGCGGCUCCGUGGGCAGGGGUGAACAUUGCCGUAACAUUGAUUUCCAACCCUGUGAUGGAACGCAAAGCAAACUUGGAUGGCUCCCAAGCAGUUUUAGAAAAACUACGUUGGUACCAAGAAAUUGCUGGAUAUCUCUUCCAAAAUUAUGAAGAGGAGCUUUCGAUCUUACGGCAGCGAGAGUUGCUUCGAGAAAAAAUGAUCGACUACUUUCAAAAGCUCCUACUUUACCAAAUUCGAAGCAUACUGCUCUUGCACACCAAUAGUAUUCUUGUGGCUUUCCGAGGAGCAGUCAAGCUUGACGACUGGGAUCGAUAUAUGAAAGAAAUUCAAAAUGCCGAGACAGAAUUGGACUAUAAAAUUGAACAUUUCGAAAGGAGAAAGGAGCGAGAGGAGCAAAGCCAGCUGCAAAUGGAUAAGAUUCGAAACGCAUGUCUUAAUGCUUUGGGAGUUUCUGAUCCGAAGUAUGACAGAAAGCGCAUCCUGAGAGACAAAGGAGGCCUCGUUUCUAGCUGCUGCGACUGGAUUCGACCACAGCAAGAGUCGGGACAAGGAAUUCUGCUUGAUUGGCUGGGCAACCCUGACCAGAACAUAUUCUGGAUUACGGGUAAAGCUGGCAAAGGCAAAACAAUGCUUAUGUGCGACCUUAUCCAGUGGCUCGAAGAAAGUCGCCGUAGCAAGCCAUUAUUCUAUUUCUUCUGCGAAAUUUCGAAAUCUCAAACGACAGAGUAUAAUGCCGCUGCUAUACGUGGCCUUAUAUAUGCCAUAGUCUCGGAAAAUAAGCAGCUUACGCGCUAUAUCCAAGCAGAGUGGGAGAAGAACAAUAGCUUGUUCAAGGACACAAAUGCUCAAUUAACAGCUUAUGAGAUCCUUAAAGCAACUCUAACCGAUGAUUGGAUGAAAGGCGCGACGAUUUUUGUUGAUGCGCUUGAUGAGUGUGGCGCCGAUCUAGACCUGUUAAUUGAGAUUAUCAAAAGCACUCCCAACAUUAAAUGGGUGGUUUCAAGUCGGAGCAAUACUAGCUCGGUUGAUGAAAAGCUCUUCAACAUUACUCAAUGCCGAAAAAUCUCCCUAGACGACAUGAGCGAUGCUGUGUCUGCGGCUGUUACUCUUUAUAUCAAGAAGCAAGUACAACAUCUGAAAGAAAAAAAGGGAUAUGAAGAUGAGAAAAGUGAUGAGAUUGAACUUUAUUUGACGUCUCAUUCUGAAGGCACUUUUCUCUGGGCUGCGCUGGCAUGCAAAGAACUUCGGGACCCCGACGCUAAUGAGAACGAUGCUCUAGAAGUUCUUAAAAGCUUUCCUCGAGGUCUCGAUUCGAUGUAUGAAAGAAUGAUGCAGAAGAUUCAGACGGCGCAUGAAGAACGAAGAAAACUUUUCGAAGUAAUACUGAGCAUCAACUUGGUUGUUUCGCGCGCUGUUACGCUUGAUGAAUUUCUGCGUCUGGUGAGUUCAUCAAGAAAAUCCAACUUGUUCAAAGGUGUUCAGCACCUUAAGCAGAUGGUUGAGAAAUGUGGGCAUUUCUUUACAAUUUCUCACUCCGACGAUGGAUCCUCAUCCUCUGGAAGCAUAAUCAACUUUGUGCAUAAAUCGGCAAAAGAUUACUUACUGGAGAAAAAGGUGGAAAAUAUACCGCUCCCAGGGAUACAUUACAAUAUCUUCGAACAAUGUGUCAAGCAGAUGAGGAACUCUCUCAAGCGCGACAUGCUAUCACUGAAACAUCCUGGAGCGACCGCUCCCAAGGAACAUUCUGGAUUCCUUCAGCUUAAUAGCAUUGCGUACGCUUGUACUUCUUGGGCAGAGCAUAUUAAGUGUGUUAACCACGCCGAAGAUACAUGCAUUAAGUACGAAACUUCGAUUAGUGAAUUUUUGGGCAAACAUUUUCUUCACUGGAUGGAAGCACUUAGUCUUCUGGGGAAGUUACCCGUUGGAGUUUUGGCUCUCCAUGACAUCAAGAACUUCACUGAUAACCAUGGAAUGCAAAAACUUUCUGAAUUAGUUAUGGACGCUUAUAAAUUUUUCUUGACAUUUCAGUCGGCUAUUGAGAAAUUUCCUUUGCAAGUAUAUGCAUCAGCUUUGCUCUUUAGCCCCUCCGGCAGCCUUAUUAAGUCUCUGUAUGCUGAACAAAUUCCCAAAUGGGCCACGAUACGAUAUGGCCUUAACGAUCGAUGGCCUUUUCAUCUUCACGCAGUUGACAAUUUGUCCCGUGGUAGAAAAGUUUGUUUUUCAGAAGAUGGCUGCAAGUUUAUUUCAGCAUCAACGAGCGAUGUCGAUAUUAGAGAUACAGUGACAUUUGCUUGCCUACGGCAGUUCCAUGUUCCAUUACAUCGAGACUUAGUUGAACAAGUCGAAUUGUCAACGAAUGGAACCAAAGUAGCUUGGAUAUCUAGUACGCUUGGGCUUGUUAAAAUCCUUGAUACAGCUAUUGGUACUCUGGUUGACAUACCCAACAUAAGCAAGAGUCAUUUUUCUUCACACAAGGUCGCCUUUUCAAAGAUGGGUGAUCGCCUUGCUGUAUCUCAGAGCGACCAUAUAGAAGUAUGGGAUACCAUCAAUGGUUCACUUCUUUGUCGAAUACCUACAGGCUCAAGGAAUGGUUUCGGUUUCUGCUUUUUGGGCGCCAGUUCAAACUUGGCUUCAUUUACGUAUGAAUUCGGAGAACCAGUUCAUAUAUGGUGUACCGAACCAGGGCACCUCAUGGAUCAGAUACCACAAGAGAGCGCAAUAUACGCUUUGGAACCAUUCCUGAAUAAUUCAUCAAGACUUCUAUCGCUUUCUAGGCCACGCAAUGUCAGAAUUUGGGACGUUGUUUCGAAACAGAGCGUCUUUAAAUUCGAAUUUAGUAAUCCUUCGGCUAGAUAUAUCUCGCAGUCUACCACAAUAUCUCCCGACGGCGAUUUUAUAGUCGAUUGUUUCGAUUUUAAAGAGAUUCACGUGUUUGACCUCAAGGAGCAGACAAGUUUUCAAUUAGAGGGAUCCCACUACCUUGGAGCAACUUUUUCUAGCGACAGCAAACUACUAGCAAUUCAAUCCAAAUAUGAAGUUUGGAUCUGGGAUAUUGUCUCGCGCACUGUUAUUUUCAAGCUCAAUGAGUGGGGCGCAACAAAGGGAUCAGUGGCUUUUUCACCAGAUGGUCGAUUUCUGGCUAUGAAUACAUGCUUUGGCUGUACAAAGGUCUGGGAUAUCAGUGCCAAGAACCUUGAGUUGAUUAAAACAACUGAGGACAACAUUGAUACAAUUGUCAGAUUCUCAACAGUUUCUUUUUCGAGAGAUGGCAAAUGGCUCGCUGUUGUUUCGAAGAAUAAAUCAGGAAUUGGAUUAUGGGAUAACACAGGUGUAAUUGUGUGUGUUCGUGCGAACAUCGAAAAUGUGGAAAAGAUUGCAUUUUCGUGGAACGGUGCAGUACUUGCAUUCGGGACAAUCGACGGCAAAUUUGGAGUCAUCAAUAUGGCGAGAGAGCCCUCCAAGAGAAAUUCUUCUUCUCGCAUAUUGAGUUCAGAUAAUGGAGACAUUGUGAGGCACUUAGAGUUCUCGAAAGAUGACUCACUUCUUGCCAUUAUCCAAGGAAGAGUCUUGUGGUUCUUUGAUAUUAAGACUGGCUAUCACCGCAAAGCGGAAAGUCCAACCACAAACCAUUUCAGUAAUUUCUGCGAUGUUAAGUUUCAUGACAAUCGGCUGGCCGUCUCCAUCGUGGGAGGCGGUGAUAUCCAGAUAUGGAAUCCAACAGCUGGCGUAUGUUUAAAAGAAAUCCUUGUGGAGGGUCCCCGUCCCCAGUAUGUCAAAAAUUUUGCUGCAAUUGACAUUAGAUUAUUUCAAGGGUCACUACAAAUCGUUUCGACUUCCGAUGAGAAAGGUGGAGCUCUAAACAUAAUAGAUGUCAACACAGAAAAGCGCAUUCGAAGUUUUGAAAAUCAGAGAUGCGAUGUUUUAAAGUUUGGUCCGGAUAAUAACACGAUUAUCCAUUCUGAUCGCGGUAACAUUGACCUGGAUCAAUUUGAUCUUAGCUUGGAUCAGAUCACAUCGGAAGAAACCGAAAUUGUCUAUCAAGACUAUGGAGUACACGACUCUUGGGUUAUGAAAGACAAUCGGCCAAUAAUAUGGAUACCACCAGAGUAUCAGAGGAAAAGAGGAAAACUCGCUAUUGGCAAAUCACAGAUUGCGAUUGUUUGUCAAACGGGACAUUUGUUGUUUAUUGAUUUUAUUGAUGAAAGCAUGCCUUUCUAA